AUGGCAUCUGGCACGCAGGGCGGGACCAUCACCAUCGUGCGCGGGCGGCUGUUGUGGUUUCACCACGAGCCGCUGGGUGCCGACGACGAAGCGUCCUUCACCCUGAUCGAGGAUGGCGGGCUGGUCUGCCGCAACGGCUGCAUCGCCUGGGUGGGCGACUGGUCCGACCUGCCGGCCGACCAUCGCGACGCGGAUUAUGCCGAUCACCGUCCGCACCUGGUGCUGCCCGGCUUCAUCGAUCCGCACAUCCACUUCCCGCAGGGCCAGGUGGUGGCCUCCUAUGCCGGCUCGCUCCUGGAAUGGCUGAACACAUACACCUUCAUCGAAGAGCAGAGAUAUGGCGAUCCGCGCUUCGCCGCCACGAUGGCCAAACGCUUUUGCGACAUGCUGCUGGCGCACGGGACGACGACAUGCGUUGCCUUCGGCUCGGUGCACAAGGGGUCGGCGACCGCGCUUCUGGCCGAAGCGGCAACGCGCAACAUGCGGUUGGUCACCGGCAAGGUGAUGAUGGACCGCAACGCGCCCGAGGCGCUGACCGACACCGCCCAGUCCGGCUAUGACGACACCAAGGCGCUGAUCGCCGACUGGCACGGCGAAGCACGGCUCGAAGUCGCGAUCAGUCCGCGUUUCGCGCUGACCUCGACGGAUGCGCAAAUGGAGGCGGCCGGGGCGCUGGCGCGUGAGCAUCCCGAAUGCCUGAUUCAGACCCAUCUGUCCGAAAACCAUGGCGAGAUCGAAGCGGUGGAGGCGCUGUUUCCCGACGCUGCCGACUAUACCGAUGUCUAUGAGCGCUUCGGCCUUCUGACCGACAAAAGCCUGAUGGGCCACUGCAUUCACCUGAGCGCGCGCGAGAUCGGGCGAAUGGCCGAGACCGGUGCGGUGGCGGUGUUCUGCCCGACCUCCAAUCUGUUCCUGGGCAGCGGCCUGUUCGAUCUCGACCGCAUCAAGGGCGGCGGCGUGCGGCAUGCGAUAGCCACGGACAUUGGCGGCGGCACUUCAUGGUCGCUGCUGAAGACACUCGACGAAGGCUACAAGGUGCUGAACCUCCAGGGCCAUCGCUAUCAUCCGAUGCGUGCCUUUUGGCAGGCGACGCUGGGCAAUGCGGAAGCCAUCGGCAUGGCGGACAGGAUCGGGACGCUCGACGCGGGCACCGAAGCCGAUUUCAUCGUGCUCGAUGCACGGGCGACCGAAGCGAUGGCGUUGCGCAUGGAAACCGUCGAGACGCUGGCAGAGGAACUGUUCGUCCUGCAGACGCUCGGCGACGACCGGGCGGUGACGGCGGCCUAUGUGGCGGGGCGGAUAACUCACGCCACGGCUUGA